UCCACAUUCCCAACACAAGCAGCCACACUCCCUAUAUUCUUCCAAAACUACCCUUAAUUCAUCAAAGAAAUUACCCAACACCACUUACAUUUCACCCUCGACUCUCAACUGCAGCAACGUAAUUUCAUCCGAUUUUAAUUCUAAUUGGAUAAACGGUCCAUCUAUAAAACCUCGCAUCGCUACAACCUUUCCAUCGCUCACUUCACACUCUCUUUCUUAUUUCACAGCCAUAAUUACAAUGGCGAGAAACAACUUUAAUCUUUUAGUUGCAAUUUCUGUAUUUCUAUUGGUAGCAUUGCCAUUAGCAUCAGGGGAAGAAUGUUCGUCGAAAUACGAAGGUGGGUGUCACGACAAAAACGCAGCACUGAAGUUAAAGGUAAUUGCAAUAUUUUGCAUAUUAGUGACAAGUAUGAUCGGAAUAUCUUUACCGAUUUUUACAACUUCAGUUCCUGCUUUGAAACCCGACGGAGAUCUUUUCGUUAUAGUGAAGGCUUUCGCUUCUGGUGUUAUACUCGCAACGGGUUACAUGCAUGUGAUGCCGGAUUCAUUUGAGGAUUUAACAUCACCAUGUUUACCUCAGCGUCCUUGGCAAAAAUUCCCAUUCACCACUUUCAUUGCUAUGAUAUCUGCUGUUUUUGUUCUUAUGGUUGAUUCCUUUUCUAGUAGUUUCCUCAAGAAGAAACUCGCUUUGUCUUCUUCUUCCAAUAAUCUGGAAGAUCCGGCUAUAACUGAGCCAAAGGAAUUGGAGCAUCUUGGUCAUGGUCAUGGUCAUGUGGUUGCAAAUGGAAAUGACAAGAACGUGAAUGCUGAAGAUGAACAAUUGCUACGUUACCGUGUUGUGGCUCAGGUUUUGGAGCUAGGAAUUGUGGUGCACUCAGUAGUGAUUGGUUUGUCAAUGGGUGCUUCGGAGAACCCUUGCACCAUAAGGCCUCUCAUUGCUGCCCUUUGCUUCCAUCAACUCUUUGAGGGAAUGGGUUUGGGUGGUUGCAUACUUCAGGCUGAUUAUGGAACGAAGAUGAAAACGAUAAUGAUAUUUUUCUUCUCAGUGACGACACCGUUUGGGAUUGCAUUGGGGAUUGGAUUGUCGAAAGUGUAUAGUGACACAAGUCCAACUGCACUCAUUGUUGUAGGGGUUCUUAAUGCUGUAUCUGCAGGGCUUCUGAAUUGUAUGGCACUUGUUGAUUUAUUAGCUGCUGAUUUUAUGGGUGCAAAAUUGCAAGGUAGAAUGAAGCUUCAGCUAUGGUGUUACGUGGCUGUUUUGCUUGGCGCAGGAGGCAUGUCAGUUAUGGCAAUUUGGGCCUAAAAUUCAUCCUAUAGCUAGUUUCAUUUUUAUUUCAUAGAAUCCUAGUUUCAUUUCAUUCAUUAAUACCACAUUCGUAGUUAGUUUUUUUUUUUUCUUUACAAAAUCAUAGUUGGUUAGUUGCAACAAAAUUUUGUACUCAGUUUCUUAUUAUUCUAUUUUAAGGUUUGUGCAUCACAUUUUUGUCACUGCA